ACAGACAGUACACUUGCUCUGAUUGACGUUGUCGUCGCCUCGGCAGGCGGUGGUUGUCGUUCAUCAUAAUUUUACAGGAUUCGAGAGUCGGAUUGUUCAGUUGUGUUUCACGAUCAUUUUUUUUUUGGAGGGAUCUGUCAUUCGCCAUGGCUGCUCUGUACGCGUGUACAAAAUGCAACCAGAGGUUUCCAUUUGAAGCUCUUUCACAGGGUCAACAGCUAUGCAAGGAAUGUCGUAUUGCCCAUCCAAUGGUGAAGUGUACCUACUGCCGCACAGAAUUCCAGCAAGAGAGCAAAACCAACACCAUCUGUAAGAAGUGUGCCCAGAAUGUCAAGCUGUAUGGGACGCCAAAGCCUUGUCAGUACUGUAACAUCAUCGCAGCCUUUAUCGGGAAUAAGUGUCAGCGCUGCACAAACUCAGAGAAGCGUCACGGCCCUCCGCAGCCCUGCGAACAGUGCAAGCAACAGUGCGCCUUCGACCGCAAAGACGACCGCAGGAAGGUGGAUGGGAAGCUGCUGUGCUGGCUCUGCACUCUGUCCUAUAAGCGUGUGCUACAGAAAACCCGGGAGCAGCGCAAGCAGCUGGGCUCCUCCUCACACUCCUCCCUGUCACAGAAGGAGCAGCUGUCCCACCUCAGCAGCAGCCACUACAACAGCCAGAAAACACUGUCCACCUCCUCACUGCAGAAUGAGAUUCCCAAGAAGAAGGCCAAGUUUGACAGCAUUUCCACCAAUGGGGACAGUUUCUCCCCAGACCUGGCGCUGGACUCCCCAGGGACAGACCACUUUGUCAUCAUCACUCAGCUAAAAGAAGAGGUGGCUUCACUGAAGAAGGUCCUGCACCAGAAAGACCAGCUUAUUCUGGACAAAGAGAAGAAGAUCACAGAGCUCAGAGCAGAGUUCCAGUACCAGGAGAGUCAGAUGAGGACCAAAAUGAACCAGAUGGAGAAAACACACAAAGACCUGGUAGAGCAGCUACAGGCCCGGAACAGAGAGCUGAUGAAGCAGGUGGCUGCACUCUCCAAGGGCAAGAAGCCGGUGAUGACAUCACCCUGAGUUUGACAGAGUGGGUGGGGUGGGGGGCGGGUGAGUGAGUGAAACUGACACUCCCAUGGUGUUCAAGUGUUUGUGCACCCAGGUCAUCCAUUGUUGAAAGCACGUGCUUCAGCAGAUUACCUGGUGGCCCUCAUGCCUGAACUUGUACAUCCCCAGACAGGGUACCUGUAUACUUAUAGGCCUACACACCCACAACCACACACAGGACCUAUACUGCCACAUCUGUACACACACUUAUACAUCCACAGCUACACACCAUACCAAUGGAUGAAAUCAGCGUGUUGUUAAAUGAAGAACCCUGUGCUGGAAGUGGGUGGUAAAUUUUCUUCUAGUGGCUUUUAACAUUUUAACAAACAAACUGAAAAAAAUCUUAGAGUUUGAAAAGGUGCAGGGGAAUUUAUUUCACAUUUCCAUCCCAGAGGACAAAAACAAAGUGGGUUCAACAGUUUCAGAUGGGAGCUAUUAACUGAUUGCCCCAUUCAAGUACAGCAACUGGACAGUGAGCAGUUCACUUCAAACAUACACACACAAGAAACACAUUUAAUCUAAUGGAGAGCUGACCAGUCUAUUGCACUAAAAACAUAUAGCUAGGGACAAGACCAGUACAGAGGAAGAGAGAGGGAGGGAGAACAAUUAUAAAAUGCAAGUAAAGGAGUUUUACUGUCUAAUCUCUUGCUGAAUGGUACAAUAAUGUGGAUUAUCAUAAUAUUUUAAGCCAUAGAACUUUUACUGUUCAGAAACUUCCUAGCUAGUUAGCUAUUUUACUUAAACCAUUCAACAAUCCAGGUGCAAAGUAGCUGGCAAGCUAGUGGUAAUAUGAGAGAAUUUUGAAAAUUCAUUGGCUGUAUUGCUAUAUAGUGAGCUAUAUAGCUACAUUUCAAAUUGUCAGUAGCUGGAUCCUAGCUAGCUAUGUUCCAGUUGUCCAGUAGAUGGCCCAGAAGACACCAUCUUAUUGCAGACCACAGAGCUG